UACUAACAUAACUGUGUAUCUAAUAAUAAGGAUAAACAUUUAUUAUUUGAAGUUCUUUUGUCAAUAACAUAGUCACAGCGGCUGUGUUAUUAUCAAUAUGGCCUUGACCGAUGUGAUGGGCGUAGAUUAUUCUAUCAAACAAAUUCUGAUCCAUAACGAGCGGGUCUGAUAUAUUCUCCACACUAAUUCUGCUUAUUACGCAACAGGUUAUUUCGGUAACCUUACAAUAACAAACAACUCCCAGUGUUAUAGCAUUAGCUGCAAUAAGGACUAGAGUCUAUGACUAGUACUGAGUGUUGGAUCAUGCAGGAUCAACGUGUGUUGUAUCACUUGUAUCUCCUUUAGUUGUGACAUCGAACCUGUUAUUUGUGUACCAGUGAGGUGUUGGUAAUCAACAGGCGAAGUCAGCAUGAAGUUCCAAGGCGAAAUUGAAACUCUCAGUGAGGUCCAGAAAAAAACAAUUGAAGAUGCACUUCGGAAGCAAGGAUUUAGUAACGAAACUAUUGUUACUGGUUGUGACGCAGGAAAGAAAGGUGAUAAUUACUCCUCGAGUGUUAAAAGAGUUACAGCUACCGACGCAGGCGAUAAAAAUAUGACUAUGAUUGCCAAAAUAGCCCCAACCCUUGAAACAAUACGUCAAAUGAUGGGGUUGCCAAUUUUGUUUGCUAAUGAGAUAACGAUGUAUGAGGAAUUCUUGCCCAAGCUGGUGGCGCUACAAAAAUCUGCUGGCGUCCCGGAUGAUGAACUCGUUAAAUACGCAGAAUGUUACGGAGUAGUGAGUGAAGCACCGCAUGAGCUUAUCCUCCUUGAAGACCUCAAAGCUACCGGGCAUGACAUGCUGGAUCGAAAGGUCUCAUUUACGAACGAUCAAAUGGUAACUGUUCUAAAAAGACUUGCAACAUACCAUUCCCUAUCUCAUGUUCUUAGGGAAAAGGAGCCAGAAGUUUUCGAUCGAUUCAAAAAUGAACUCGUCGAUGUAUGGGCCAUGUUUCAUGAAAUAGAAUUCUUCAAAGAAAACUUUAAGCAAAUGGAAACACAACUACUGGGUUUCCUUGAGACUGACCAGCAAAGGAAUCAAGUAAAAGGUGUGGUUUCUCAGGCAACCAAAUGUGCUGUAGAUUUCCAGAAAUUGGAGAAGGAUUCUAGGUAUGCCGUCAUUAUUCAAGGUGACUGCUGGACUAACAAUAUGAUGUUCAAACAUGAGGAUGGAAAGCUCGACUGCAUCAUGGUGGACUACCAGGUAUCGAAGAUUUCAUCUCCAGUCAUGGACGUGUUCUUCACGAUCUUCAAUUGUUCGGACCACGAGGCCCGCAGCCGCCACUACUUCGACUGGCUCGAGGUCUACUACAAGAGCUUUGAGGAGUCUCUCUUCAACUUCAACAUGAAAGCUAAUUUCGUGUAUCCGAGGGACAAGCUGGAUGCUGAUUUGAAGAGAUACGGCAGGUAUGCCUUCGGCCUCUGCCUCGCGUUCACGGGAGUACUGGUGCGAGGGUCAGAAGACGUCAUCGACGCCGGUUCGGCCACCGAGGAGAGUCUUCAGAAGUUGGUGGAGGCCGGCGAUGUACUCAGUCUGGACAAGAUACAGGAUGACACGAGUGAGAGGAUGAAGAAGAGGGUCAGGGAUUUGUGGGCUAGCUUCUCGGAGUAUGGGUAUUUGUGAAUGGUAGAUUGUUUAUUCAUAGCUGUACUGAUGAAUAUCGUAUCGUGCCUAAUAUACCUACAUUGAAGGAACAUGAGCGACCAGAUCCUUUGUCUUUUUCAAGAAAGUAAAGUUAUUUAGCUUAGGUGAUGGUUUUCUGGAGUUUGUAUAGCAAUUCAGUAUUUUUUAUUUAAAAAUUAACAUUUGUUUGUAACAAUAAUAAACAAAAGAAUGUUUAUUGAUUCACA